AUGAUCUUCGACCGUCUGCGGAGGUUCGAGGUGGUCUUUGACUGCUCGGAGCUGGACGGUCCGCCCGUGUUCAGUUCCGGGGACGUGGUCUGCGGCCGGGUGGUGCUGGACCUGUCCGGGGAGACGCGGCUGGAGGCGCUGAAGCUUCACGCUGAAGGCUUCGCCAAAGUCCACUGGACCGAGUCCCGGUCCGCGGGCUCCAGCACCGCCUACACCCAGAACUACAGCGACGAGGUGGAGUACCUGAACCGGAGAGAGGUGCUGCUGCAGGCGGUGAUCCGGCUGUUUGGUAUGCAUUGCUUGCGCACCCAGCAUCAGCCAAGCAAGGCACCGCAUCGUGGUUGUUUGUCUGAGUUCCGUGGUGGGGUGGGGUGGGGAGGAGGUGGGGUGAUGUUCAACUUGGGUGGGUGGUGCUUGGGUUGUGAGGGGGGAGCUGGUGGGGGGGACUUGGGGUGCGUGCGGCGGUGUGGUGGUGCUGGGGUAGGGCGUGUGUCCGGUUGGGGUUGGGUAGUGAUCGGCGCCACAGCCGCACACCUGCCCGGACCCGUGAGGCAGCGAAGGCAAGACCGCAUAAAGCACGAAGAAACCGUUGGCCCGCUCUCUCAGCUCAGAAAGGAAGCACCCACUUCUCACGAACGCGUCAACCACGAUCUCAGACCGGCCGUCCCCAUCACAGAAGAAGAAACCCUUGAUGCGAACUCCGCUCAAGCACCCUCACCGCUUCCCCCCACUUCCUCCCACCCUACCCCCCCCUCCCUCACACCUCGGAGUACCCCUCCCUCACCUCCCCAGUAUAAUUCUCCCUCCCUCUCACCUUUACACGCCUCACCCCUCAAGCAAUACACCUUACCACCACCACACACACCCCAGCCGAACAGCACCCCGGUUCAGCUCACGCACAUCCCCCCCACCCCAGUACCCCCACCGCACUUCCACAUACUCACUCAUCCCCACCAUUACCUCCCCCUAUAUCUUUACUCCGGCUUAACCCUCUCCCCCGACAUUCCCCCCUCUCCUUCCCUCUCCCCCCUAUUUUGCCGCCGCCCUCUCACCUCUACCUCCCUCCUCCCCCCACCUCCCUCCUCCCCCUCACCUCUCCAUCUCCCCCCUAAUCUCCCUCCUUUCCCCACCUCAAUCCUCGCCUCUCUUUCCACCUCAACCUCCCUCCCUCCCACUAAUCUCAAUCCCCUCCUCCCCCCUCACCUCCCUCCUUCUGCCCUCUCACCUCCCUCCCUCCCCCUAAUCUCCCUCCUCACACCUCACCUCCCUCCUCCCCCCUCACUCCCUCUCCACCCUCACCUCCUCCCUCCCCCGUCACCUCCUCCUUCCCCCUCACCUCCUCUCCUCCCCCCAUUCUCCCUCCUCACACCGUCACCUCCCUCUCUCCCCCUCAUCCCUCCUCCCUCCCUCACCUCCCUCCUCCCCCCUCAACUCCCUCCUCCCCCCUAA